AUGUUUCACCGGAGCAAAGCAGAGCUGGUAGUGGCAACGUGGAAUAAGCAACUUCAAAAUCCAGAGAAGGAUCAGCGAGUCCCCCUUCUGUAUCUUGCAAAUGAUAUCCUUCAGAAAGAUAAACGUAAAGGAAAUGAAUUUGUGACUGAGUUUUGGAAGGUUCUUCCCACAGCACUUAAGGAUGUUCUUGAGAAAGGUGAUGAUGAAGAAAAGCAUGAAGCAAUUAGACUGGUUUAUAUAUGGGAGAAAAGGAGAGUGUUUGAAUCUCACACUAUGAACCUUAUAAAUGUAUUACUUGGAGAAAAAGCACAAGCACCUCCACAGUUGGAAUUCAACAAAAAACGAUCUCGUUCUGUCAGAAUUGUGAAAAAGGAUUCUCGUUCCAUCAAAACGAAAUUGUCCAUUGGAGGUACAGCAGAGAAAAUAGUCUCAGCCUUUCAUACAGUGCUUAAUAAACAUUCCGAUGGAGAUGCAGAGAUGAGUAAAUGCAAGUCGUCUAUUCAUCAUGUGAGGAAGAUGGAAAAAAUUGUUGAUAUUGCAUGUGCUAUCGUAAAGGACCCUAAGCGAAAAACUUUGUCUAAGGAGCUAAUGGAGGAAGAAAAUAUUUUGAAAGAAUGCAUUAAAAAUCUCAAAUUGUUUGAAGCAAGUAGAUCAGCACUUGUAACUCAAUUAAAGGAAGCUUUGCGUGAGCAGGCAAGUAUUUAUGAAUCUGAGCUGGAGAAUGUUCGUACUCAGAUUCAGGUAGCUCAAGCUCAAGUAGAAGAGGCUAGCUACAUGCGGAAGCGACUUGAUGACGAAGAUUCUUCAUCUAAAGCUUCAAUUGCAACGCCUUUAGUUACUGAUGUGAAUACAAAAUCAGAAGCAGCAAGUAAAAAGUCAGCUGCAGCAAUAGCAGCUGAGGUUGCAGAUAAGCUAGCUGCUUCUUCAUCAUCUCAGUUUAUCAUGACUUCUGUUCUCUCUUCAUUUGCAGCAGAAGAGGCAAAAAAUGCUUGUCUAACUUCUGAGUCCGUGUCAAAACCUGAGAAGUCAAUACCUGUAUCAGAUCCAAAUGUUAUGUCUUCACAACAGUUGAUUGCCACACCAAAUCAUUCGUAUCCUUCGGUUUUGGUACCUCAACCCACCUUGCAGAAUCCAACCGCAACAUCACAGAGUCAAUAUCAAUUACUUUGUAAUCCAACCUCCCACCAUUAUUUGCAAUCAACUGGAGGGGUCAUUUCUCCAUAUGGUUAUGGCAGCGUCCCUCCUUUACCACCGGGACCACCCCCACCUCACAUGGUUGGCCCAAUGGUCCCUUUGACACAUCAGACAAUGCAAAUAGCUCAGCUGCAGCCAGCACCUAUAGCUCCACAUCAACCAAUAAAGUUGACGCAGCAAGCCCCAGCACCUCCUAGUUUUCGACCACUUCAACCGCCAGGAAUGGUGUACUAUGGUAAUCAUCAGCAUUCUAUAUGA